AUGUCGGGAAACACGCCCAAAACAAUGUCCAAGGGACUGAUGGGCAUGAAGUUCAUGCAGCGCGCGGCUGCAAAGUCUUCGACCUCGUCGCCUUCAACACCCAAUGGCCCUCCCUCGAAAAAAGCGCGUCUGUCGAAUGGCGCGUCUGCCAUAGGGACUUCUGACCGCGAAAUCAUCCAGUCGGGACUCGACGCUGAAGAAGAAAAACGCCAAGCGGCAUUGGAAAGGGCAGCGCAACAUGCGGGUGAGACCAAGUGGGUGUUGAGCUUCCAAGAUCCGCUCGAGGGAAAGAGGCAGGACGCCAUGAAUGUGAGGCAUGCGGGGUACGCGGAGAUCGAUGCAGAGGACGAUUCCGAAGAAGACGACGACGAGGAGAGCAAGCCGGUGCGCAUGCAGUUUGGGGGUGGUGUCAAGAAAGCAGAACCCUCGGCGCCCUUUGUAAAAGCAGAAAACUCGGAAUCAGAAGACGAGUCUUCGUCGGACGAUGACGACUCGGACGAUGCCGCGGCAGACCUUAUUCGACAGACGAAGCGCGAAAUGGCCGCGGAAAAGCGAGAAUCCAAGAAGAGUCGCGCAAGCAUGGGUCAGAGCACGCCAAAAGCACUGCCCACGCGACCAAACGAGGACAGAAACCUCAAUGGCUUGACGUCUAUUUCGGGCGGGCGGCGGUCAGGCGGCGGAGGAGGAGGAGGAGGAGGCAUCAGCGGCGGGUCUGGCCGCAUGAACAACGUGGACUGCUACAAGUGUGGAGAAAAGGGACAUAUCGCAGCCAACUGCUCAAACCCGUCAACGGCACGCGCAUCUUCAGGCAGAGGGAAAAGCAAGGGCCGGAGAUAG